AUGUCGACAGUGGAUUACCUGCUCCACGAGAGCUCGGUGGGCUAUGCCGUCUUCGCCGUGCGCAUGCAAGGCGACACGGUGGGAGCUCGGCAGAAGGAGGUGCAAGAUGGCCACGCAGACCUAGCCAAAUUCGGCAAGAUGGUCUCGCUCGUCUCCUUUGCUCCCUUCCAAGGCGCGGGCCAGGCGCUGCAGAAUGCGAAUGAUGUCUCCGAGGGCAUCAUGUCCGAGUACUUACAGACGGUGCUGGAGAGUAACUUACCCAAGGCGGGGAAGAAGGAGAAGAAGAAGACGACGUUGGGGGUGACGGAUAAGAACUUGGCGGGGAGCAUUAAAGGCGCUUUCCCUGGCAUCGAGUGCGAGACGGGCGAGACGAGCGAGUUGGUAGCGGACUUGCUGCGAGGACUCCGUCUACAUGCCGAGAAGCUGCUCAAGGGACUCCAAACAGGCGACAUCUCCCGCGCCCAGCUCGGUCUCGGCCACGCCUACAGCCGCGCCAAGGUAAAGUUCAGCGUGCAGAAGAACGACAACCACAUCAUCCAGGCCAUUGCCACCAUCGACCAUCUCGACAAGGCCGUCAACACCUUCUCCAUGCGCGUCCGAGAAUGGUACUCCUGGCACUUCCCCGAACUCAUCAAGAUCGUCAGCGAGAACCACAAGUACGCCCGCUGCGCCCUCUUCAUCGGCGACAAGAAGACCCUUUCCGAGUACAGCCUCCACGAACUCGCCGCACACGUCGACGAUGACGAGAGUAUCGCUCGCGCCAUCAUCGAGGCCGCCCGCGUCUCCAUGGGCCAAGACAUUUCCGAAACCGACAUGGAGAACGUCAUGACCUUUGCCAAACGUACCGUCUCCCUCCACGCCUACCGUAAAUCCCUCGGCAACUACCUCGUAGCCAAAAUGGGCGUCGUUGCCCCCAACCUCGCGGCCCUCAUCGGUGAGACUGUCGGCGCACGACUCAUCUCCCACGCCGGCUCCCUCACGAACCUGGCCAAGUACCCGGCCUCGACCGUCCAGAUCCUCGGUGCCGAGAAGGCGCUGUUCAGAGCACUCAAGACCAAGGGUAACACUCCCAAAUACGGCCUCAUCUACCACAGCAGCUUCAUCGGCCGCGCGGGUCUGAAGAACAAGGGCAGGAUUUCCCGUUUCUUGGCCAAUAAGGCGAGUAUUGCAAGCCGAAUCGACAAUUUCAGUAUGCAACCAUCGAGGAAAUUCGGCGAGGCGCUCAAGGAACAGGUGGAGGAGCGGCUACGGUUUUAUGCCGAAGGUGUUAACCCGACCAAGAAUUCCGUCGCUAUGCAAGCAGCAAUGGACGCCACAUUAUCGAGCAUCAACGUCGAAGACCCCACUAACGCGGGGGCCGAAGACGCACUCGCCGCUCCAGGCGUGACAGCCGAAGCGACAGAGCAGAAGAAGCGCAAGGCGAAGAAGUCCAAGUCCAAGUCUGCUGAUGCGGAUGCGGAUGUGGAUAUGGCUGACAUCGACGCCGACACAGCGGCUGACGCCAAGGCGGCGAAGAAAGCUAAGAAGGAAAGGCGGAAGAGCGGCGAGGAUGGGGAUGUCGAGGAGGCUGAAGAGAAAGUGGAGAAGAAGCUGAAGAAGGAGAAGAAGGAGAAGAGGAAGAGUGAGGUUUUGACUGAGGGGACGGUGCCGGAGGAGCAGAUCAAGACGAAGAAGAAGAAGAGUAAGAGCGAGUAG